UACAUGGCUUUGUAAAGCGCAUGGCCGGUGCUCGUCCUCUUCUAACGCACGGUGCUGCCGUAUUCUGUGCAGCAGUAGCUGCAUUGAUCUACUUGAACACUCUCCAGUGCGGGAUUUGCUAUGACGACGAGCCGGCCAUCAAGAAAAACAAGGAUCUGCGGCCAGAACUGACGUCGUGGUUGGAUCUCUUCAAGCAUGACUUCUGGGGAGCCGACAUUACGAGUAGCACCAGUCACAAGUCGUAUCGUCCUCUGACGGUGGCCACUUUUCGGCUGAACUACAUGCUGCACGAGCUGGAGCCGCUGGGCUACCACUUGGUGAACGUGCUCCUGCACAGUGCAGUGGUCUACCUGUACGUACUGCUGUGUGGUGUGGUCUUCAGUGAAGUGUGGCCGGCACUGAUAGCUGGACUACUGUUUGCAGUCCACCCCAUACACACUGAGGCAGUAGCGGGGCUGGUGGGUCGAACUGAACUUCUUUCCGGAAUAUUUUUCUGUCUUGCGUUUCUCGCCUACAGACAAUCCUCGCUUCGUUACAAAACAAACGGUAUCCCAAUUUUUAUUUUCCUGUUUGGAGCCAAUGUCAUUAAAAUACAGUGGAAACUCUCAAUAAAGGACACUCGUCUUUGCACCCUAAUACUGAAUUAUGAUCGUCAAGAAAUUGUGCCGUAUUCAGAGGUUUCAACUUAUUCUGAUGUGUCUGUUGUAGGGAAGUGGUGGUUGGGAGUCGCGGUGCUGUUCAUCCUCUGUUCGUUCCUCUCCAAGGAGCAAGGGAUCACCGUUGUUGCAGUCUGCGUCGUUUACGAUGCCUUCUGUAUUCAAAAGUUGGACCUAUUCUCUGGGGUGAGGCUGCUCCGUUCACCGUCAGCCAUUCCUCGUGGACUCCUCUGUCGCUCUCUGGUCCUGGCUGUCUCCACCCUCUCCUUCCUCAUCGCCAGAGUCAGGCUAAUGAAGGGGGGACCCGACAUUUUCACAGUAAAUAUUAACCCUCCACUGGCACUGGAUGCUCCGUAUCGGCAGCUGAGCUGGUCCUAUCUCAUCUUCGUCAACUCGUGGCUUCUCCUUAAUCCUUACAGCCUCUGUGCAGACUGGAGAUUCGGGGCUGUCCCUCUCAUCAAAUCUCUAAUCGAUCCUCAUAACUUGCUAACUCUUGUGACAUUCUCCACCAUCGGUGUGUUAGGAUGGCUGGCAGUGACGGGGAAAGGGAAAAUCCACAAGCUUCUCGUUUUAGCUCUCGCACUUUUGGUCCUCCCCUACCUCCCAGCCUCCAACCUCUUCUUCCCUGUGGGCUUUGUAGUGGCUGAGAGAGUCCUCUACCUACCUAGUAUGGGACAGUGCUUUCUCGUUGCACUGGGGGGUUUCGCAAUUUCGAGAAAAAUUCGCGGGACGAAACUAAUCCUGAGCAUCGUUUUUCUCGUUCUAGCAACUCUUCACGGAUUGAAGACAUUUCAACGUAAUUUUGAUUGGCAGACGAAUUUUCACGUCUACUCGUCAGGGAUGAAAGUCAACCCAACAAACGGCGUCUUGCUCACGAAUCUGGGGAUCGAAUACGCCGGCAUGCACAAUUUCACGUAUGCAGAGACUCUGUACAGGAAGGCUAUAGAAGUGUCUCCAGAUCACUCGAAGGGCUACGGAAAUCUCGGAGGGUUGCUCGAGGCUCUGGGGCAAGACGAAGAGGCCGAGGAGAGUUUGAUGAAAGCUAUAAGUUUCGGAACGUCUGACGACACGCUAGCGAAACUCAUCGAAACGUACGAAUUCCUCAUAAAGACGGUGCUCAUGAAGAACGAGAGCAAACUGCCCAGAGCCUUGACAGUUUUGGACGACGCCCUCAGGCAUUAUCCGGGUGUGGUAACACUUCAUUCUCUGAGGGCUAACGUGCUCACGCGACUAGGACGAUUAUCCGAGGCCCUCGCAGCUUUGCAAACUGCGUCAAACGCUCCCCGAGUGAUGGCCAUUGUCUACUUCAACCUCGGUCUGGUGUACGGAGAGCAGGGAGACGCGAAGAGGGCAGACGAGGCGUUCAGGAACGCGAUCGCCGGGAAGCCAGACUACUACGAGGCUAUGAUGGAACUGGGACGGCUGAGGUACUGGAACGGAAUAGGGGACCUGAUGCAGGCUGAAAACAUGAUGAGAGAGGCUUAUAACAAGCUCCCAAAGAGUUUUCUGGCGCCAUUUUAUCUGGGAGAAGUGUUUGUUCACCGGAAGAAGUACCCCGAAGGGAAGAAGCUGCUAAUGAAAGGAAACAGUCGGUCAAAGGGCACCUACAGACACAUGCUCUACCGGCUGGGUGAGCUCCAUUUGGAACUGAAUGAGUAUACGUCCGCUGUCAGUGUUUUGGAGAAAGUUGCAAAGCUUGAUCCACAGUAUAGGGACAUUCAGAGUCUGUUGCAGAAAGCUAGGAAACAAUCUAGGAGGUAAUACUUAUGUAGCAUGAAUCAUGAAUCAACUCAACUGGUGAUCGUGUGAAGAGUGCGCAUGCGCGUGCAGAGGGAUUUUCCAAAGAGUGCGCACCAUCGUGGAGCUAGAACUAGAGGCAGGAGAAGAAAUGCCGGCGCUGGAGAGCCGGACGACGGGCGUGCAUAUCUCUGCAGUGCUGUGCGCACUAGUGGCAGUGGCCGUGUUCUACAACAGCCUGCAGUGCGGCCUCGUCUUUGACGACGAGUCCGCCAUCAAGAAGAACAAGGACCUGCGACCCGAACUGCGGCCGUGGUGGGACCUCUUGAAGCACGACUUCUGGGGCGCCACGCUCACCCACAAGGACAGCCACAAGUCGUAUCGUCCUCUGACGGUGGCCACUUUUCGGCUGAACUACAUGCUGCACGAGCUGGAGCCGCUGGGCUACCACUUGGUGAACGUGCUCCUGCACAGUGCAGUGGUCUACCUGUACGUACUGCUGUGUGGUGUGGUGUUCAGUGAAGUGUGGCCGGCACUGAUAGCUGGACUACUGUUUGCAGUCCACCCCAUACACACUGAGGCGGUAGCAAGUGUGGUUGGACGAGCUGAAACAUUAUCAGCUAUAUUUUUCCUUUCAGCUUUUUUUGCAUUCCGCCUGUCAGCCACCCCUCGCUCAAAAGGUUUGACCGGUUGGUACUGGCUGGGUGUGUGUCUGGUGUCAACUGCUUGCUCCGUAUUGAGCAAGGAGCAGGGAUUGACCGUGAUGGCCGUUUGCGUCAUCUACGACUUCUUCUGCUUGCAGAAGAUGGAUCUAAACUUGCUGCUAAAGUCGUUCCCGCAUUCGCUCUCACUUCCGACAUCGUUUCUGAAGAGAACCGCUGUUCUUACCGCGUUCACGAUUGUUGCCGUGGUGAUGCGGUUCAGGAUUAUGGGGGGAGCCCCUAAAGUAUUUGAUAAGCAAAUCAACCCACCGGUGGGGCUGGACACUCCAUACAGACAGCUCAGUUGGCUCUACCUCACAUUCGUAAACUCCUGGCUACUUCUCAAUCCUUACAACCUCUGUGCCGACUGGAGAUUCGGGACUGCCCCUCUCAUCACAUCACUAAUGGAUCCUCACAAUCUCCUCACCGUGUUGACGCUUGCUGCCGUUGUAUACGCUGGUUUGUUUUCAGUUUCAGGGUCGAGUCGAGGGCACAAGGUUGCGGUGUUCUCCCUCUCUCUCCUCGUCCUCCCCUACCUCCCAGCCUCCAACCUCUUCUUCCCCGUGGGCUUUGUAGUGGCUGAGAGAGUCCUCUACCUACCUAGUAUGGGCUUCUGCAUGAUGGUCGGCUUCGGGGCACAUCGUAUUUUCAAAUCCAUCAAUUCUUCCGCGCUGCGCGGGAUUUUCUCGUUUCUUAUCGUCGGUGUUUUAUCGGUGCACUCGCUCAAAACCGGUUUGAGAAACCGGGACUGGAUCUCAGAACACUCGAUUUACGCGUCUGCCGUUCGAAUCAACCCAAACCACGGUCCAAUGCUGACUAAUUUAGGAGCCGUGUACGUCGUGAAUAAGGACCUAAAGAACUAUACGAUGGCCGAGAUUUUGUUCAAGCGCUGCGUCGAUAUUCUACCAGAGUACCCGCGAGGUCUGUCUAACUAUGCCGGGCUACUGGAUGCCACCAAGAGGAGGAGACAAGCACAGAAGGUAAUGCGACAGGCCAUUGAAAUGGGUCUGCAACACACGGCGAUGAACCAACUGGAAAACAUCUACCACCUCCUGAGAAUGUUCCAGAAGGACACCGGGAGAGAAGAAGACGAACUGGAGCUCUGCGACUUUGCUCUCAGACACUACCCCGCAACCGCACACCUCUUCUUCCAUCGAGGGAGGAUCCUGAAGCGAAUGAAUCGAACCAGCGAGGCAGUUUCUGACUUGGAGAUUGCGGUGCAGACACCGAUAUUCCUACCCGAUAUCAACCACCACUUGGGUUUGACGUACGUGGCGGCUGGGUUGCCGGGGAAGGCAGAGCGCUCGUUCCGAGCGGAAUUGGCGGGAAACCCGGGGAGCGUCGACAGUCUGUUGCAGCUGGGAGUGGUCCUGGUGAAGACUGGGACGGGGGACCACGGGAGGCUGAGGGAAGCACAGAAGUACCUGCAACAAGUACUCUCGGUUCAGCCAAGGAACAGAGAAGCCCUGUUCCACCAAGCCCUCGCGUACUACCAUCUCCAAAACUUGCAAAAAUCUGAGGAAUUCUUCCUAAAUCUCCUGCAGCUGUCACCAACCGACAGAGAAGGCCUGUACUAUCUCGGACUGGUGUACUACAAGGCACAGAAGUACGAGAAAGCAGUCGACGUUUGGAAGAAGUUGGACCGGAAUUACAGGGAUGUUGACACUCAGUUGAAAUUGGCCAAGAAACACUCAAAAUGAAACAGUUCUAGUUAAGGUACCCCAACCCCCACGAUGUGCGAGCAAAUCAAUUCAACAAUCA